UAAGCUUGGGUUACUGAAUGUCGAAUACGAAACCAUAACAUCAGUGAUAAAUUCAAAAGAAACCCUUCGGAAAGAGACAUGUCGUCGACCCUGUUUCAGGUAUUUGUCUUCGCAAGAAAUUUCCAGUUUUUUCUGUUAUGGAUUCACCUGAAAGGAAACACAGCAAGGAGUUCUAGGCCUCACAUUGUAAUGAUUGUCGCAGAUGACUUGGGUUGGGAUGACGUGGGUUUCCAUGGUUCUUCCCAGAUCCCUACUCCUCACAUGGAUGAAUUAGCCAACACAGGCGUAAUUCUAAACAGUUAUUACGUCUCACCGAUCUGCACCCCUACCCGGGCCUCUUUCAUGACAGGAAAAUACCCAGUCAAUCUGGGUCUUCAGCACGGUACAAUAUUCGGCACUCAACCAUUUGGUCUUCCCCUGAAUGAAACAACAACACCACAGUACCUGAAGACAAUGGGAUACACCACACGUGGCGUAGGAAAGUGGCACUUGGGGUUCUUUGAGAAAGAGUACAUUCCAACGUCUCGAGGAUUUGAUUCAUUUUAUGGAUACUGGACUGGGAAGACAGAUUAUUGGACUCACAAGUCAUAUGAAGAUUACUGGGGACUUGACCUUAGGGACAACCUGAAGCCGGUAAAAAAUGAGUCUGGUCAUUAUAACACAGAGUUGUUUACUACACUUGCAGAGAAGCUAAUUAAUGAACACAAUGUGUCAAAACCACUUUUCCUGUACAUUGCACAUCAAGCAGUACAUUCUGGCAACAUAGAGGAACCACUACAGGCACCGCAGAGAUUGGUCGAUGCGACAACACAGCAACCCAAAAGUCAGUUACAAACACCCUCAUCAUAUGCUACAAACGUCCACACCUCUACAUCGAGUUCGGAGAGACCCAUCCUUCCCUUUUUUACUAUUUAAUGGCAAUCACCAGAUAAAAAUAUAUCAAGGCUAACCUUGAAAAACAGAUUUUGUUUGAAAUAUACAAGAGAGAGUCGUAUAAAAAUAAUUAAAUUAAAGAACGCGGGUCGUCAAAACGGACUUGGGUUCAUAGCAAAACAAAGUUGAAACCAAGGAUGUUUUGAAUGAUUCUGAAGUGGAUUUUUAAAGGAAAUCCAUUACACUGUUGACUGAUCACUGGGAAUUUCCAGCAUCAGUCCGAACGACAAGCAAUCUUCAUUUGAAUGGAUUGAUCAAACAAUAGUAAGGUGAAAAGAGUUGGGAAAUCACAACUUUAUAUAAUACGUGAAAGAGGGAGAGAGAGAGAACUUUUCUACCUGCGCAUUUGCUCAUGAAACCAUGAAGCUUACAUCGUCCUCCGUGUUUUUUAAAGAAAUUUCCAGAUUUUCAAUCUGACGAGAGAAGAACUUACGCUGCCAUGGUAGCUUCAUUAGAUGAGUCCGUCGGAAAGAUAUCCACUGCUUUGAAAACAAAGGGAAUGUUUGAAAACUCCGUUAUCGUUUUCACAACGGACAACGGAGGGGCACCUGCAGGAUUUGACAGGUUCGUAAACGUUAAAUGCAGCACGUUUCAUUUCUUUGAUGUCUUGUGAAACAGCUUGUCUUGAACUUGAACUAAAACUUGCUCGUCUUUCUGAAGGAGUCAGGGCUGCAAUUAUCCCUUCAAAGGAGGCAAGGAUACUUUAUGGGAGGGCGGAAUACGUGGAGUUGCCUUUGUUCACAGCACUCUGAUUUCAAACAAAGGUCGCGUAAGUUAUGACCUGAUCGACGCUUCUGAUUGGUUACCAACUUUAUAUUACCUCGCUGGCGGUGACGUCAAAAGGAUCCAGUAUAAAAUCGACGGGAUAAAUGUAUGGGACACUAUAGCACACGGCGUUCAAUCACCAAGAAAGGAGGUAGUCAAUAAAAAACUAAGCAAAAAAAAGUAGAAGCUUUGAUUAUUGCUAUCAUAAGAGCGAAAGAACCUUUUGCAAAGAAUACGGGGAACAAAAACACAUCUUCCUUUCAACAGAACUAAGAUUUGCUGUCGGUUGUUUAAGACAAUCAGAAACAGGAAGUAAACAUUUAAAAUAUUUACUGAUUUCCCCUGUACUUUGCACAAACUUCACGUGCACCUAAAUGAUUUAUAGCUCUAAAUUCACAGGUGCUCCAUAACAUUGAUCCCAUCCGUCAAUUCGCAGCUAUUCGUGUGAAUCAAUACAAGUUAGUUGUCAAUCAGGA